AUGUGUACUGGUGCAUAUACUAAUGUGUAUGUAUAUACUGUAUGUACGUAUAUACUGUACGUAUAGUAUAUAAACCCAACUAACUUCUUUUGCGUCUCUUUGAUGUUGUUUUUUGAGGUCCAAAACCUCUUCUGUGACAAAAUAAUUGAUCAAAAACUCUUGUUAACCUUUGUGAGUCUUUGUGGUUGUCUUGUCUUGAGUCUCUUUGUGGUUGUCUUGCGUCUCUUUGAGGUUGUUUUGCGCUUUGUGGUUGUUUAGCAUGUCUUUGUGGUCAUUUUGCAUCUCUUUGAGGUUGUUUUGCUGUUGCAUCACUUUGUGGUUGUUUAGCAUGUCUUUGUGGUUGUUUUGCGUCUCUUUAUAGUUGUUUUGUGUCUCUUUGUGGUUGUUUAGCAUGUCUUUGUGGUAGUGAAGCAUGUCUUUGUGGUUGUUUUGCAUCUCUUUAUAGUUGUUUUGUGUCUCUUUGUGGUUGUUUUGCGUCUCUUUAUAGUUGUUUUGUGUCUCUUUGUGGUUGUUUAGCAUGUCUUUGUGGUUGUUUUGCGUCUCUGUGUGGUUGUCUUCCGCUAAGAUAUACACAUCUGAACCUUUGAACUGCAUACAAAUACCAUAUUGGAUUCAAAUCUGAUGAGUUUUUUUUGACAGACGUAUCAUUUGUUUUACAGUUUUGGCCAUUAGAGGAGACAGGAAUUUCUUGAAAUUGUGAUCAUUUUUUGCGAUGCCAUCAGUGGGUAAAUUCUUACCAAAAUUCCAUGGGAACAUACUUGGGUGAUCACCUACCCAUCACAAAAAAUUCAGGUUGAUUCGUCAAAAACUGUAGACAGGAAGUUGCUAACGGAAUGACAGACUUAUGGCAGACAGACCUUUUUAAUCAACUGAUUCUAAUGAUUAAGUUAGACAGAAAACAACUGUGUCGCGUAUAAAACGGCGUCACUCAGUUUCACUCAGCUGCAACUACGACGACCCUGUCCACGUUGAGGAGGUAUGUACUAUGAAGUAAAGGAAAACGACGUGACUGAUACCCAACCAAGUAGAGUCGAGUAGUUAGAACUGUACAAUGAAAAAGUGCCAUUACAAAUAAACACACAGUGAUGAAAACAUAAUCUCAUGGUAAUAAGUCAGUUCCAGUUUCUUUUUUGUUUUGUUUUUUGGGGGGGAGGGUGCCCAGGGCUCCACAGAUUCUAGCAGUGCCACUGGUCCUUGACAGAGCUCACAUCAGCUUCCUGACACACACACACACACAGCGGCAGUUGAGAGUCUGUUAACGGACACAAACAGCGGGUUUCGCCAAAUGAGCCGUUCGGCGCUGCAAAAGAGGAGAAGCUGCUUUUUUUCCCGGCGCUGGGACCGCUACUCACCGGAGCGGCUAACGCCCGAGGAGAUGGUCGGCCUCGGUGUGUUUGAGGAAAGCGGGCGGUCACAGCGGCAGAGGAGGCGGAACGAUGGCGCGCUGAGGCCCGAUGUCAGGCUGCACACAGCGGACGACCAGCAGCUGAUGGCGAUUCAAGAGGCGUUUCCUCCCGACCAGGAGGAGGAGCCAGAGCGUCCCCACAUUAAAGAGGAAGAGGAGGAACUGUGCAUCGAACAGGAGGAGACUGAUAUCAUUGCGGUGAUCGUCAAGAGUGAAGAAGACGAAGAGAGACCUGAGUCAUCGCAGUUUUAUCAGAGUCACACUGAGGAGAACACGGAGGACUGUGGAGGAGGACCAGAACCAGGUCCAGGUAGCGAGGACGAGAUCGAAGACAGUGACGUUCACUGGAAGGAGACCAGUGAGUCGACGAGUUUGAAGACAAUAAAAAAUAAAAUUGUUUCUCGUGAUACCAGAGGUAACAAAGGGGAGAAACUUAGCCUUUCUGAAUGGGGUCAAAUAUAUGCCAACAAGUCACUGCUACUGGGACACAUGGACACUUAUUUUCAAGAGAAACCGAUAGGUUGCUCUCAGUGCGAUAAGAGGUUUAUCCAAAAGAGAAGUCUGAUCAAACAUUUGAAAGUCCACACGGGUGAGGUGUCGUUCACCUGCUCCGAGUGUGGACAAAGAUUUACCAAAAAAAGCCUCCUGAGGUCCCACGAAAAAACCCAUAAAGGAGAGAGACCGUUUGGUUGCCCCGAGUGUGGUAAGAAAUUUAUUAAUAAGAGCAGGCUGAGGUCGCAUGAAAAAAUCCAUACGGGGGAGAAACCAUAUAGUUGCUCUCUGUGUGGCAAAAGGUUUAUCCAGAGGAGCAAUCUGAGGUUGCACGAGAAAACCCACACAGGAGAGAAACCGUUUAGUUGCUCCGAGUGUGACAAAAGAUUCAGCCACGAGUGCUAUUUAAAUAUACACAAGAAAAAUCACACGGGGGAGAGACCGUUCAGUUGCUCCGAGUGUGGGAAACGAUUUAUUGAAAAGAGCAAGAUGAGGCUACACGAAAAGAUUCACACGGGAGAGAACUACAUCUGCUCCGUGUGCGGGAAAAAGUUUAUUCAAAAGAGGUAUUUGAGGAAACAUGAGAAAAUCCACACCGGGGAGAAACCAUUCAGCUGCUCCGAGUGCGGCAAAAGGUUCACGGAGAAGAGCAGUCUGGGGUCGCACGAAAAAAUCCACACGGGGGAGAAACCGUUCAGCUGCUCCGAGUGCGGGAAACGAUUCAUCCAAAAGAGUAAUCUGAGAAAACACGAAAAGAUCCACACGGGAGAGAAACCGUUUAGCUGCUCGGUCUGCGGCAAGAGAUUUGACAAGAAGAGCAACUUGAGGCCACACGAAAAAAUCCACACGGGGGAGAAACCGUUCGGUUGCUCCGAGUGUGGGAAAAGAUUUAUUCAAAAGAGCCAUCUGAAGAAACAUGAAAAUAUUCACGUGAGGAAAAACAGCUACGGUAAAAAGGUUUGAUAAUUGAAAAACAAAACUGGGGAUAUCAUCACAGAGACAUCAGACCGAGGAGGACGGAGAAGACUGCGACGGUUCUGAAUUCAACCAGGAAGUGAGGACAAGAUUCCACAGGACUUUACAACAAAGACUACACAAGGAAACUGGAGUCUUUGAUAAGAACUUUGAGUGUUUACAACAUCGAUUCUCUCCCCCCCGCCCAUGUAAACUUACAAAAAAGAAAGAAUGGAUCUCUUUAAUCUGAAGAAUAUGGAUCCAAUUUCUUUAAAUACCAUUGUAAAAACAAACUAAGAAACAAUAUCAUAAUGGAACAUUUAACUGUUUAAUGAGGAACAAAUACUUUUAUUAAGAUCUAGGGACACAUUCUACUUUUUUAUUAUUUACUUGUAAUUUGACUUCAAGUGUCCAAGAAGCCUAUAGCUUUAAAUAAGAGCUCUGAGACUUUUGAGUCUUUUUCUU